AUGGCCGUGAUGCCGAAUCCCUUCAUCUCCAAGCUCCUCGUAACAUUGUUCAACAUGGCCAAGGAGAAGGUGGACUUGUGGUUGGGCGUCCCCGGGAAGAUCCAAAACCUCCAAAGCACACUCCGCAACAUCCAGUCUGUCCUUCGUGACGCCGAGAAGCGGCGGAUCGAGGACAAGGCCGUCAACGACUGGCUGAUGGAGCUGAAGGAUGUCAUGUACGACGCCGACGACGUCCUCGACGAGUGGCGGACCGCGGCCGAGAAGUGCACCCCGGGAGAGUCCCCUCCGAAGCGGUUCAAAGGCAACAUAUUUUCCAUCUUUGCUGGCUUAAGCGACGAGGUCAAGUUCAGAAAUGAGGUGGUCAUCAAAAUCAAGGAUCUCAACGAUCGGCUGAAAGAGAUCUCGGACCGAGGGUCCAAGUUGCAACUCCAUGUGUCUGCGGCGGAACCAAGGGUGGUUCCUCGAGUUAGUCGCAUAACUUCCCCGGUGAUGGAGUCUGACAUGGUUGGCGAGCGACUGGAGGAGGACGCCAAGGCACUGGUGGAGCAGCUGACAAAGCAAGAUCCGAGUAAGAACGUGGUGGUGCUGGCAAUUGUGGGGAUCGGCGGCAUUGGAAAGACCACCCUCGCUCAGAAGGUGUUCAAUGAUGGUAAAAUCAAAGCCAACUUCCGCACCACCAUCUGGGUGUGCGUGUCCCAAGAGUUCAGCGAGACGGAUAUUCUCAGAAAUAUCGUUAAAGGUGCUGGUGGAAGCCAUGGUGGGGAACAGAGCAGGAGUCUGCUGGAGCCCAUGGUGGCGGGUCUCCUUAGAGGGAACAAGUUCUUGCUGGUGUUGGAUGAUGUUUGGGAUGCUCAGAUCUGGGACGACUUGCUCCGCAAUCCUUUGCAGGGAGGAGCAACAGGCAGCAGGGUGCUGGUGACCACCAGAAACACAGGGAUCGCGAGGCAAAUGAAGGCGGGCCUCGUCCACGAGAUGAAGCUGCUGCCUCCAGAGGAUGGCUGGUCGCUCCUGUGCAAGAAGGCGACGAUGAAUGCAGAGGAGGAAAUUGAUGCCCAAGAUCUCAAGGACACAGGCAUGAAGAUUGUUGGGAAAUGCGGAGGGCUUCCCCUGGCCAUCAGGACCAUCGGAGGGGUCCUCCUCGAUAGAGGACUCAACAGAAGUGCGUGGGAGGAAGUUCUCCGCAGCGCCGCAUGGUCACGGACCGGGCUUCCCGAAGGUGUGCAUGGAGCACUGUAUCUGAGCUACCAAGACUUGCCGUCGCAUCUCAAGCAAUGCUUUCUCAACUGUGUCUUGUUCCCCGAAGACUAUAAGUUUCACGAGCCUGAAAUUGUCAGAUUAUGGAUAGCCGAGGGGUUUGUCGAAGCCCGAGGAGAUGUCAGCUUGGAGGAAACAGGGGAGCAAUAUUACAGAGAGCUGCUUCAUAGGAGCCUUCUACAAUCGCAACCUUACGGUCAGGACUACGAUGAGUCUUACAUGAUGCAUGACCUGCUCCGAUCGCUCGGCCAUUUCCUAUCGAGAGAUGAGAGCUUGUUCAUUAGUGACGUGCAAAACGAGUGGAGAAGUGGUGCCGCCCUGAUGAAGCUACGUCGGUUGUCGAUUGGGGCCACUGUAACCACGGACAUCCAGCAUAUCGUCAAUUUGACCAAGAGACAUGAGUCAGUGAGGACACUGUUAGUAGAUGGAACACACGGCAUUGUGGGGGAUAUAGAUGAUUCCUUGAAGAAUCUCGUGCGACUUCGAGUCCUGCACCUUAUGCAAACAAAUAUCGAGAGCAUAUCGCACUACAUCGGAAAUUUGAUACACUUGAGAUACUUGAAUGUGUCUCAUAGCCAUAUAACGGAGCUUCCAGAAAGCAUAUACAAUCUGACGAAUUUACAGUUUUUGAUCCUCAAAGGAUGUUUCAAGUUGAGACAGAUCCCCCAGGGUAUAGAUAGGCUAGUCAAUCUAAGGACACUCGACUGUAAAGGUACACACUUGGAGAGCUUACCAUGUGGAAUAGGAAGGUUGAAGCUCCUCAAUGAACUCGUAGGAUUCGUGAUGAACACGGCUACUGGUUCGUGCCCAUUGGAAGAAUUGGGCAGCCUCCAGGAGCUCAGAUACCUCUCCGUUGAUAGGUUGGAGAUCACGUACAUGGAAGCUGAACCGAGAAGGGAUACAAGCGGAUUAAAGGGUAACCAUAAACUGAAGAAUCUACAUUUAUAUUGCUUAUCUACACUGACAUCCGAUGGUCACACGGAGGAAGAGAUUGAAAGAAUGGAGCAGGUGUUGGAUGUGGCACUUCAUCCACCAUCAUCUGUUGUUUCGCUCAGUUUACAGAAUUCCUUCGGCCUCCGGUACCCAAGCUGGAUGGCGUCUGCAAGCAUCAGUUCGCUUCUUCCAAACAUAAGCCGCUUGGAACUAAUUAACUGCGAUCAUUGGCCACUGCUUCCACCGCUAGGAAAGCUCCCCAGUUUGGAGUUUCUUGAAAUAGGAGGUGCACGUGCAGUGACCACCAUCGGACCGGAAUUUUUUGGGUGUGAAGCUGCUGCUGCUGCUUCUGGUCAUGAACGGGAACGGAAUUCAAAGCGCCCUUCUUCUUCUUCUUCUUCUUCUUCUUCUUCUUCUUCUUCUUCUUCUCCUCCUCCUUUGUUGUUUCCGAAACUAAGGCAGCUGCAACUCUGGGAUAUGACUAACAUGGAAGUGUGGGAUUGGGUAGCGGAGGGUUUUGCUAUGCGUCGCCUCGACGAAUUGGUCCUCCAUAAUUGUCCCAAGUUGAAGUCUCUACCGGAAGGCCUGAUCCGACAGGCAACCUGCUUAACCACAUUGGAUCUGAGGAAUGUGUGUGCGCUCAAGUCCAUCAGAGGUUUCCCUUCUGUGAAACAACUGAGAAUAAGUGGUAAAUCAGAUCUGGAGAUUGUUACUGAUCUCCCUGCACUGGAGCUCUUGAGGUUGGGCACUUUUGGAUCUCGCAUCAAUCAUUUACCAGAGUGGUUGGCGGCUUGCCCUGCAUGCUUCACCACGCUCCAGAGACUGGACGUACGGGGAGCCACCAAACUCCUCCGCAGAUGCCUCCAAAAUGGCGCAGACUGGCCCAUGAUCGAACGCUUUCCAAUUUUUUCCAUCAGAGAUUUCCGAGGCAAUUAUAUAAACUACAUCAAGCAUUCCUGCACCUUCGACACAAACCUAGUCGAUGAUGAUGCUGCUUUUGCUGCUGUUGCUGCUGAAGAAGAAGAAGAAUAA